AUGACGGCUUUGCUUGCAAUUUUUUCGCUUGAAACUUUCUGGCAAUUUAUCCACCCGCCGCUGAAUUGCUGGCCAGUUAUAUCGCCGCUUUUACUAGUGGAUAUAGUUUUGCCGGAAUACAAGCACAACUUCUCUUUCUUUUCAAUUCCAAAUCAGCAAACUCAAGAGAUGGAGAAUUCUCUAGCUUUCAUGGCUAAAUACCUCCAACCAGUAAUAAUACUUAUGCUGGUUUUGGUUGCCAUCAAAAUCUUUGGAAGACAUGGAUUUUUGUGGAGGAAAGCAAAGAAGAGAUACCAUCCGAUAGCUGGAACUAUACUCCAUCUGUUUCUAAACUUUAGAAGGUUGCAGGAUUACUUCAUAGAUAUCUCUCGCAAAUACAAAACUUUCAGAUUGUAUGCUCCUUUUCAUAAUCUGAUCUACACCACAGACCCUGCAAUCGUGGACUAUAUAUUAAAAACCAACUUCAAAAACUACGGCAAGGGACAAUACAACUAUGAAAAUUUGAAGGAAUUAUUUGGAGAUGGGAUCUUCGCAGUGGAUGGUGAAAAAUGGCAUCAUCAGAGGAAAUUGGCGGGCUACGAGUUCUCAACAAGUGCUCUGAGGAACUAUAGUACCAGUAUUUUUAAAACAAAUGCAAUAAAACUUGCCGAUAUCAUUUUUGAUAAAGCAAAAUCUGAUUUGCCCUUCGAUAUUCAGGAACUGUUUAUGAGUUCAACAAUGGACUCAAUCUUCAAAAUUGGGUUUGGUUUUGACCUAAUGAACUUGGAUGGGUCUGUUGAUGGGAUUAAAUUUACAAAAGCUUUCGAUAACGCAAGUGUUUACAUUACAAGCCGGUAUGUUGAUGUUUUCUGGAAAUUUAAAAGGUUUUUCAACAUUGGCUAUGAGGCGCAACUCAAGAAGGACAUCAACGUUAUUAAUGACUUCAUAUACGACUUGAUUCGUGCAAAAAAAGAGAAUAUGACUAAUGCCAAAAACAAUUUGGAAAAGAAAGAAGACAUCAUCUCACGAUUUAUGGCUGAAAUGGAGCAUGAUCCAGAAAAUAUAACUUAUGAAUAUUUGAGAGAUAUCGCCCUCAACUUUGUUAUAGCUGGCAAAGACACCACAGCUGGAACACUGUCUUGGUUCAUAUAUUUGUUGUGUAAGCAUCCCUACGUGCAAGAAGAAAUUUAUCAAGAAGUGAAAGAAGCUAUCCGAGCAGGACAAGAUAUUUGUAUCAAUGAAUUCGUUGAGAAAAUAACUGUAGAGUCUCUUGAUAAAAUGAAGUACCUUCAUGCUGCAUUAUCCGAAACCCUCAGGUUGUACCCAUCAGUACCAUUGAAUUCAAAGACCUGCUUCUCUGAUGACACUUUACCUGAUGAGUUUAAUGUUAAUCGAGGAGACGUUGUGUUCUACAUGCCUUAUCCCAUGGGUAGAAUGGAAAUAUUAUGGGGAGAUGAUGCUGAAAAUUUUCAACCAGAGAGAUGGCUGGAUGAUGAUGGAUCAGUUCGAAAUGAAAGUCCUUUUAAGUUUACAGCAUUCCAGGCUGGACCUCGUAUAUGCUUAGGAAAGGACUUCGCAUAUACUCAGAUGAAGAUAUUCGCAGCUGUUCUCCUCCAUCUUUUCAAGUUUAAACUUAGCUCCAAGAGCAGCGAUGUCCAUUAUAAAACAAUGAUAACUCUACACAUAGAUAAAGGCCUUUAUGUGCAUGCAUAUCUUAGAUGA